GGCUACCUGAAUGCCCUUCAUCCGAUUUAUUCACAACUGUACAAGAAGGCUCUUCCAAGGAACAAUAAAACGGAGCCGUUGACGGUCCACGUUGGUUUCUAUGUGGAGAGCCUUGGAAACUUCCGAUCUACGGAAAUGACAUUCGAUAUGGAUCUCUAUAUGUACAUGAGUUGGCAGGAUAUACGAAUGAAGCACAAUCACUCAGACUAUGUCUUGAUCAAUGACAAGUCGAUAUUGGAGAAGAUAUGGCUGCCCGAUUUAUACUUCGCGAACGCUCGGACCGCUUAUUUUCAUGAAGUCACCGUACAUAAUUUCAAUAUGUUCGUCUCACCUGAUGGCGUCAUAGCGUAUGGGACCAGAGUGACGCUUAACCUGGCUUGUCAUCUGAAUCUACAAGACUAUCCACUGGACCGUCAAAAGUGUCUCAUCAAAAUUAUCAGCUAUGCACAUGUGAAAAGCGAAAUGAAUGCCACAUGGUUCGCUGACGGUCCGAUACGAUAUAACCCAGAAAUUGGUCUACCUGAAUAUCAUAUCGUAUCAUUAGAACACGAUUAUUGUAAUGGCGUUUUCCAUUACACGAUCACGCCCAACUCGUCCAGAGUCGGUGAUUUCAGCUGCUUAUUAGGAAUGGUGAACUUGAGACGUGCUAUUGGUUUUCAUUUAGUUCAGAGUUACAUUCCUACGGUAUUGAUCGUAGCUAUUUCAUGGGUUUCGUUUUGGAUUGAUAGACGAGCGGUUCCGGCACGAGUAUCGUUGUCGUUCACAACGUUACUGACUCUUAGCACACAGGGCAAUGGCAUCAGAUAUGCUCUACCACCUGUUUCAUAUGCCAAGGCUAUUGAUUAUUUCUACGGAGGUGAGCUUUAA